GCGGAAAGGGCACGGUCAAUGAAUACAAAUGCAUUUAUAAGUAGAAUGAAAAUACAGAUAUACAAUGUAAGCAAAUAUACGAGUGGGUGGAUGGGUUGAUAAAGUGGGUAGGUGGGUGGUUAAAUACCUAGUCUAUCUAAAACUGUGCAAAGAAAAAAAUAAUAUAAAACAAAAAGAAUGUUAAAUUGAAAUUUUUUCAAUCAAGACAAAAACAAAAAAAAUACAUAUAUAACGGUUUUUUAUGUGUGCAUGAAAAUAUAUAUAUAUAUUAUUCAAGGCUGUGUACCACUAUGUGUACAUGUCAAGUCGAUAAAUGACGAUGAAAAUAUAAAAAAAUAUAUUAUAAAAUAGUUUUUGUGUAUAUGCGCGCGGCUUUAACAUGAUCACCGGAAAUACGUCAUGCGGAUCAAAGACGCCCUCGUGCCAAUUGCAAUCCACAAUGGAGUAAACAACAAUCAAAUUGAUCGUCAAAAUUUUGAGACAGCAUCUGGAUCAAAAAUAAUUGAUGAUAAUAAAUUAUCAUCAAGUGAAAAAAUUAAUCAUACUAGUGGUGAUUACAAUAAAACACUUGGAUACGAAAUUCAAGGUUUUCGAGUUGCUGAAGAUACAACAAGAUGGUCAUCAGUUGCUGUUGCACGUUCAAAUGUUAAUAAUGUUAACAAUUCAAAACGUAUUAACAACAACAUCAACAAUAAUAUAAAUACACUUAAUAAUAUAAAUAAUAAUAUCAAUAACAACAACAACAACAACAACAAUAAUAAUAAUUUAAAUGUUUCGAGAUUAUCAUUGAGUAGUUCUGCUGAUAGUUUAUCAGACUACGAAGCUCAUGAAUAUUCAGCAGGUUCAGAUUGUUCAGAUAAUAGUGAAGAUAAUAUUAUUCCUGGACAUUGUCGUGGUAUAAUUAAUCCAAAUUAUCCAGGUUUUCAACAUUUAGGAUCAUCAUUUUUAUCAAUAUUUGCUGAUGAAGAUCAACCAGAUAGUAAUUUAUCAUCAAAAAUAAAUGAACAAGAUUCAAUAAAUAUUGAAGUUAAAAAUAAUAAUAAUAAUAUUGUUAAUAUAAAAAAAUUUGAUAGUGUUAAUCGUCUUGAUAAUUGUAAAGGAAAAAAUAAAUUUUUUUAUGAAAAAUCAAAGCUAAAUAUACAGGCGGUAAGUGAAUUUUAUGACGGUGUUGUAUCAUCAUCAGAAAAGUGUUUAAAUUACGUUAAAAGUAUAAAAGAUUCACACAACGAAAAAAUUAUUGUAACACCUUGUAAUUCAAACGAUAUUAUUGAUAGUAAUUAUUUACAACCUUGGAAUCACGAUCAACCAAUUGAAUUUGAAGUUGCUGAAUUACAAUCAAGUUUAAUUGAAUUACCACAAUUUCCAGAAAUUGAAAAAAUACCAUCUGAUACAGUUAAAAAUUGUGAGCAAGAGGAAGUUUCAAUGAAGCGAAUGGAUUUAAUAACGGAAAUAACAAAACAUCCUCAAAUGAUAAAUGAUGAAUUAACAAAAAAUAUAAAUGAUAUUGAAAUAACAGAAUCAGAUAUAUCAACACCAGAACAACAGCCAUAUACAAAAAUUGAAGAAAUUGAUUUAUUAUCAUCAAUUGGACGUGAUAUUGGUGUUGAUCUUGAAAAAUACGUUCAACCAGUACCAGAUGUUGUUGCAAUGGAAUCAUUAAAUGGUAUUAUUGAAGAUACAAAUAAAUUUAAUGAUGAUAAAAAUAUUGAUACAACAAUAAUUGAUUGUCGUAAAAAAGAAAAAAUGACUAGAAAUCAUCAAGCACGUAGACGUCAACAAACACAUAUUAAUCAACGUAAAAAUGAUAAUAAAUAUCGUCAAGAUGCUGUUGAUAAAGUACCAGGUAGUUUUGAUAUUUAUAAUAUUGAAACAGCAUUACCAAAAAUUGAUCUUGAUGUCAUUGAAUCACAUUUACGUGCUGCACGUGAAGAAGAACGUCGUCGUCGAAAUGACAGAGAAGAAAUUCGUAAACGACUUGCAAUGGGUCCAGAUGCUGAUGACAUUAAAACAGAACGUGGAAAAAAACCAAGUCUUCAAUCACGUCUUCAAAGUGGUAUGAAUCUUCAAAUAUGUUUUAUGAAUGAAACACCAUCAGACAAUGAAUCACCAAGUUCAGAAACAGAAUCAUCACCAAGUAUUAAAAAAAUACAAAAAAAUAAUAAUAUUAUUAAACAAACAAAUAUUGCUGCAGCAAGUAGACCACAAAUAUUAAAUCUUCCAUCAUUGAGACUUGAAAAAAGUGGUAUUGAUGGACCAAUUGAUGAAGCUGAUUUUUUUGCAAGACAAGCUAGAUUACAAACUGAAGCUAGAAUGGCACUUGCACAAGCUAAAGAAAUGGCACAUAUGCAAAUGGAAGUUGAAAGACAAAGACUUACACAAAGUCCAAUAACUGAAAUGGUUCGAUCUAGUCUUGAAAAGGUUGGUGUACAAUUAGGUGAAGAUAGACGUAGAUUAUCAAGAGUUUUAUUAACAGAAUUAAAUGUUGCACAACUUCAAGUUGUUGCAAAUGAUCUUCAUGCAAGAAUUGCUGUAUUAAAUGAAGCACUUGUUGAAGGUUUAUUAAGACGUGAUGAUCUUCAUAUGGAACAAGAUUCAAUGCUUGUUGAUGUUGAAGAUCUCACAAGAUAUCUAAAUAAGUAGACGUCGGUGUAUGAGGUGAGCACUUAUUUUUUUUUUUUAGUGGUACCAAGGAGAGCGCAUUUAAAAAACGUCAAAUCAUCAAAGAACAAUCAUCAACAAUUAUUGGAAAACAUCGUUAUUUAGCUCAACAAAAAAUUACAUUUAUCAAAAAUUGUAUUGCUAAUCAUAAUCUGGUUAAUUUUGUUCGUAAAUAAAUUAUUAAAUAUCGUCAAUAUUCAUAUAAUAAAAUAAUAACAAUAAUAUAAUAAUAAAAAUAAUUAAAGUAAAUUAAAAAAAAAAAAAUCCAUAAUAAUCAUUACGUAUUCCAGAAAGAAAAAAAAAACAUUUUACAGCUUCAUAAAUAAUAAAAAUAUAAUGAAUAAUUAAUUUAGAAAAAAAAUAUAUAAAAAUAUUUAAAUUUUAUUUAUAACUAAACUUAAAUAUCUUCCCUUCGUGUAUUCAACCAUGCAUGUGUCUUUUUAAUUGAACCACCACUAUUUACAAAAUUUAAAAAAAAAUAUAAACAUAGAAUUUCAAAAUAGAUAUUCAAUGUUGUAUAUAUAUUCAAGUUAAUAAUUUUUAAAUCAUAAAUAGAAAAAAAAAUAUUAUAGAAAUAAAAAUUCCUGUUAGUUGGCAAUAUCUUUAAAAUGAAAAGUAAAAAAAAUUCCAGAUAAACAAAAACAAGCAAUGAUAUAGAAAAGAAAAAAAUAAAUAAUCAUGACAAUUAUUAUAUUAAUAAAUAAAUGUUUAAAUAAUAAAAAAUAAAUAAAUUUCUGUUAUAUAAUUGAUUUAAAAAUAAUCAUAAUGUUUUCAUAAAUUAUUUAAGAUAUUGUUAAAAAUUUAUAUUUACUGUAAAACAUCAUUCACAAUUUAAAAAAAAAAUAAUUAUUAUAAUUUCAGUAAGUCAACAUUUACAUAUUAUCUACAAAAUAUUUUUAAUUGUAAUAAUAUAUAAUUAAUAUUAUACAAAUUGUAAAUAACUAACGUAACAAGGUUUUUUUUCAUUUUUCCAUAAUUGUUGUAUUUCUUUUUUUUUUUAAAUAUAAAUUUCAACUAUUUCUUUUUAAAUAUUUUAUAAAAAAGGACUCACAUUGAUUGAGAGCAUGGACGAGAAGGCACAGGGGCAGUCUAGUUUGAAUAUACAUUAAAUUUAAAAACGAAAAAAAAAAAAAUUUCGUUAUAAAAUUUUCAAGUUGAUUUAUUUCGUUGGCACUAUCCUUGCUCUCAUAAUUAUCGUCUUGUUAUUAUUGUUACAUUGAUAAAUAAUAGCACCAGAUGAAUUGGGCAUUUAAAUAAUUAACUUGCAAAAAAAUUCAAGAGAUUCAUUAGUCGAAAAAAAAAAAACAUCAAAAAAAUGUUGUAUCAAAUUGUUGAUGCGCGUUCAAAUGUAUUAAUCACAUAUUAUUUUUUUUUUUGUAAAGUUGAAAAAUUAUUAAGUAUCUAAUCGUAUUUAUAAUAAUCAUAAAAUCUACUAUACAAUAAAACACUUGGACCUCAUUUAAUCAUCAUCAUCAUUAUCAUCAUCAUCUUUGUCGUUUGAUUUGUAUAAUUAAAAAAUAAAAAAAAUCAAUAAUAAAUCAUCCAAAAUAUAAAGACAUUUAAUUUAUGUUUUAAACCGUUUAAACAUUAUAUCAAAUUUUAAUUCAACCUUAUUACAUGUUAAAGUAAUAAUACUAUAAAAAUGAUCAGAACUCUGAAUCGUAUUUUUUCAUUAUGGAUAUAUAUAAAUUUAUAUAAUUAAUAAUAAACACAAUUCCUUCGCAGAGAAAAUAUUAACGAUCAAAUUUUUUCGGUAAAUCAAAAAAAAAAAAAAAAAUAUUCUUAAAAAAAUAAUAAUAAUAAUAAUAUCCCAUUUAUGUUUUUUUCUAAAUAGAAAACUGGAAAAAAAAAAAAGAAUUUGUCAAAAAUUUUAUUAUUAUAAGACUCAAUUCCCUGGCACUUGGCAAGAAAGACUCGCGAUAAAUGGCAAAUAUGUAUUUGAAAAAAAAAAAAAAAACGAAAUAAAUUGAUUGUGCUUUUGACAAUUGAGAUUCGUUUUUCUUUUUUUUUUUCUUGUUGUUUUUUAUCAGGUUCUAUUAUCAUAACGAAGCAACAUGAUUAAUAGCACUGGCGAGCUUUUUAGCUUCAUCAAAU